CCAGCCAAUUACAGUUUUCCUCCUGCAGGUAUCAGAUUGGGAGUUCAAACGCCCUGUCCUGUCGUGGGGCUGAACAUCUGUUAAAGAAAAGUCGUUCUUUUUCAUUCCCCCCCCUUAAAUGUGCCAGUUUGGAUAUACUAGGUGAGGCUGUAAAUGAAUUCAAGACCUAGCUGCUUACGGUAAUGACAAAGAUCUGAAGAACUACUGAAACAACACAUACUUUGGACUGAAACUGAAAUUUGAAUAGAAAUAUUUUCCUUGCCCUUUGUGUAAUACAACACUCACCAGUUAUGAAUCAAAAGGAUCCAUUAGGAGAAGUAGAAGAAAGCGCUGUUCCCUUAUGUGUGGUCUGUGGCCAGCCACAUCAACCAGAAGAGAACCACGUGUAUACCUACACUGAAGAUGUGGACGAUGACCUCAUUUGCCACAUUUGUUUGCAACCUUUGCUUGAACCACUGGACACGCCUUGUGGGCAUACCUUCUGCACAGUUUGCCUUACAGAUUUCUUAGUGGAACAAGACUUCUGCCCUAUGGACCGUAAAACUCUGAUACUACAGACUUGCAGAAAGUCCAGCUUACUAGUGAAUAAACUCUUGGAUAAACUCUUGGUUAGCUGUCCUUUCUCAGAUUCCUGCUCAGAGAUUGUGCCACGCUGUAAUCUUGAACAACAUUUCCAAAAUGGAUGUAAAGGAGCAUCUCAUUAUGGCCUUACCAAGGAGCGGAAGCGGCGUUCACAGGACAGCUCUCCCGAUUUGAACGCUGCUUUGACCGUAGCUGCUCUUGGGCCAGAGUUUUCUGCUGCUGCCACCAUAGCCUUAAUGACUGAUGAGCCAGGUCUAAUUAAUCCAGCCUUCAGCACCACCUCAGAAGACAGCCAGCCAGGAGCCAGCUCUGCCGAUCUCAACAGAAGCAGCCAAACUAGAACUCGACAUUUUGAACGUUCCACUAUAAGAAGCAGAUCUUUUAAAAAGAUAAAUAGAGCGUUCAGUGUUCUUUGGAGGACAAAAAGCGGCAGCGCUGUUGCUAACCACUCUGAACGGGAACAUGAGCAUGUUGAAAAUUUGAUUGCCACAGAGGAAGUUUUCCCAAGGUUAUAUCACCUCAUCCCAGAUGGCGAAAUUACCAGCAUUAAGAUCAGCCGUAGUGAUCCCAACGAAAGCCUUGCCAUUAGGAUUGUGGGAGGCAGUGAAACACCGCUGGUUCACGUAAUAAUACAACACAUUUAUCGAGAUGGCGUUAUCGCUAGAGAUGGAAGGUUACUGCCGGGGGACAUGAUACUGAAGGUGAAUGGCAUCGACAUCAGAAAUGUGCCACACAGCUAUGCCUUGUCAGUCCUGAAGCAGCCUUGCCAGGUUCUCCGCCUCACCGUCCUGCGAGAGCAGAGAUACCGGUGCCGAAACAGCAGGCUUUCUCUUGACCUUCCCUGUAACAGGGAUGACAGCUUUCAUGUAGUUCUGAACAAAAGCAGCCCAGAUGAGCAGCUGGGGAUCAAGCUGGUCCGCAAGGCCAAUGAAACCGGGGUCUUUGUCUUCAACCUGUUGGAAGGAGGCCUUGCUGCCCGGGAUGGGCAGCUCCAAGAAAAUGACAGAGUUUUGGCGAUUAAUGGGCAUGAUCUACGAUAUGGAGGUCCAGAAAGUGCAGCCCAUCUGAUACAGGGCAGCAGGAAUCGUGUUCAUUUCACAGUGUCUCGGCAAACCAGACCACAGGCUCCUGAUAUCUUGCAGGAGGCUGGAUGGGAUUACACUGGAAGCCAUCCACCAUUUCCUGGUCUAAGGAACAAUCCUAACAAGGCUGCCCUCCAUGCCAUCACCAGUCAUGAAAAGGUGGUGGUUGUCCGAAAAGACCAUACGGAGUCCCUGGGUAUGACUGUGGCAGGUGGUGCCUCCUCCCACCAGGAAUGGGAUUUACCCAUCUAUGUGAUGAGUGUUGAACCUGGUGGAGUCAUCAGCCGGGAUGGCAGAAUCAAAACAGGAGACAUUCUGCUCAAUGUGAAUGGAAUUGAUUUGACAGGUGUCAGCCGUGGGGAGGCUGUAGCCCUUUUGAAAAACAUUUCCUCCUCGGUUGUCCUCAAAGCACUCGAACUGAAAGAGUGUAAGGCCUCCCUGGAUGAGAGUGAGGAUUCAUCCUGUGAUGCUGAGGAGAACACACCCGGUCACAACGAAUGGUCACCUACCUGGGUCAUGUGGCUAGAGCUUCCACGGUAUUUGUACAGUUGCAAAGAAAUUGUAUUACGGAGAAAUACAGAAGGCAGUCUUGGCUUCAGUAUUGUGGGAGGUUAUGAAGAAAACAGUGGGAACAAGCCAUUUUUUAUCAAAUCAAUUGUUGCAGGAACACCAGCAUAUAAUGAUGGAAGAAUCAGGUGCGGUGACAUUCUCCUUGCAGUUAAUGGCAGAAACAUCUCAGGAAUGGUGCAUGCCUGUUUGGCAAGGAUGCUAAAAGAACUAAAGGGGAAAGUUAUUCUAACCAUUGUAUCCUGGCCUGGUACUUUUUUAUGAAGAUAUCUUUCGACUGGAGAGCAAGAAAUCACUUGACACAAAACCUGCCACCUAAUAAGGACAUCUAUUUACUCCACUUUCUGCUCAGCUAUUUGCUUGCUAAAGAAAAAGGUGUGAAGUAUAAAUGUGCAUAACACAAACAGAACGCUUCUAUGAAAAAAUGCUUUGGUGUGUUAAGAAAAAACCACGCACUUUCUAAACAUGGAAAUCCACUAAGACUAUAAGUCAGGGUACACAUGCUGCUCUUUGUCUCAUGUUUGUAUUUUUAUAUUCGAUCAAAGCAGCAGUAGUAUGUUCCACCUAGUAUUUAUUUUUUAAAUAGGAAACAACUUUAAUAUCCAAUCUGAAGGUUUCCCCAAAAAUCUCUUGAAUAACUGUUGCAAUACUUUUCUAAUCGUUACGUUGACAGCAUUUAUUCACAACAUAGAACUUUGAUGAUUACAUCAACUCCCCCCUUUUUUGUGGUUGGUAUGAAUCAAGUAUUUUUAAUUAUGUUCUUUCCUAGUGUGUAAUAACUGUGAAUUAAAUUUCAUUUUUAAUGUCAAAA